CCUUGCACGCCAGUACCACGGAGGUGCAGGAGGCGUGCGGGCGGGUAGGCACUCUCCACCUCCGACCCUCGUCAGUGCCUUCGUCGUCGGCAUCACCGGGGCUGCUGCUCCCUCCCUCGUGUGCCACCACCCCCACCUGCUCCACGUAGGAGCACAGUGCCAUAUUCUGGCGGGUGGAAUGUAUUCGCUCGUCGCGUUGCUGUGUACAGGCAGUACUGGACUGUCGUGCCCACUAUCGCUGGCUUGUUGAAGUGCCUUACCCGGUGUCACUAGUGCAGGUGCCUUUUCUCUCCUGCAUGAGGCAAGGACGUUAUCUAGCUUCUCUGUGCUAAUACUGGUAACUGCCUUGUAGCACAGAUUCAAGUGCCUUGCCGAUGCCACAAGCUUGAGAUGAGUACCUGUAUUGUGGUAGACAAUGCGAUAAUACCCAGACCUAUUACAGGCUCUUGUUAUCGUCCGUGCCCCAAGAGUGCGUGUAGGGUGACCCCAAGAGUGCGUGUAGGGUGACCCCAAGAGUGCGUGUAGGGUGACCCCAAGAGUGCGUGUAAGGGGCUGUGCGUGACACCACAGUCAGGAAAUAUUUGACGGAAAGGUGAAGACAUUGUUCACGGGAAAUUUGAUUAAGUGGAUGUGCUGUGUGUUUUGAUUAAGUGGAAGAGUUAAGUGUACUGGGGUGUAGGAGUGUGUGUAGUGUUAUGUGAUGAUAUGUGUGUUGAAGGGGGUGUGGGGCCGGCUGCUCCGCCUGCUGCCUCUGUCACACCCAACCCGACACUGCCACUGCACCAUGCAACAACACCUACACUCCCAGAUGCUCCUAGACCACCGUAGCCGCACGGAGAUGGCCCGCAUGGUAUGCGCGCGCACGAACGGUGCCACACCGCUCGUGAUGGCUUCCAAGAACGGCCAUCUCUCCUGCGUCGAGUACCUUGUGGAGCGCUGCAACGCUGACCUCGAACAAGUUGGGUCAGUUGUGUUUGACGGCGAGACCAUAGACGGGGCUCCCCCGCUGUGGUGCGCCGCGGCCGCUGGUCACCUGGACGUGGUCUCCUACCUCCUGGAGAAGGGCGCCAACGUCAACGCCACCACCAAGACCAACUCCACCCCCCUCAGAGCAGCUUGCUUCGAUGGACACUUUGACAUUGUCAAAUAUUUAGUAGAACAUAAUUCAGACAUUGAGGUAGCCAACCGCCAUGGCCACACGUGCUUGAUGAUUGCUUGCUACAAGGGCCACUUUGAGAUUGCCAAAUAUCUCAUUGAAAUUUCUGCAAAUGUAAAUCGCAAAAGUGUUAAAGGCAAUACGGCAUUACAUGAUUGUGCAGAGUCAGGUUCACUGGAUAUUAUGAAGCUGCUUCUUGAUCACAAAGCCAAGAUGGAUGUUGAUUCAUAUGGAAUGACACCGUUGCUAGCUGCCAGUGUUACUGGCCACACACACAUUGUAGAAUAUCUAAUUUCACGAACAGACCUAAUAUCACGGAGAGAUAAAAUUGAUGCUCUAGAACUGCUUGGAGCUACAUAUGUUGACAAGAAGCGGGAUAUGCUUGGAGCUCUCAGGUUUUGGAAGAUGGCCAUGUCUGAAAGGUAUGAGAAUGGUUUAAUGAUAUACCCAAAGCCAAUACAACAGUCUCCUAUUGCAGCUUAUGAAAAUUCAAUAGAAGUAAUGACUUUGCACCAACUAGAAGAAAUUAUUUCGGAUCCAGAUGAAAUGAGAAUGCAAGCAUUACUUGUGAGGGAGAGAAUUCUAGGACCAGCACAUCCCGACACAAGCUAUUACAUUCGUUAUCGAGGGGCUGUGUAUGCUGACACUGGCAAUUUUGACCGGUGUAUAACACUCUGGAUGUAUGCUCUUGAUAUGCAGCAGAAGAUUCUUGAGCCCUUGAGUCCAAUGACACAGAGCUCAUUUGUUUCAUUUGCUGAACUAUUUUCUUUCAUGAUGAGUGAAGCCAAGAAUCGUGGCAGGAGAGUGCCGGUAGUGAACUUCUGUGAUAUGAUGCGAGUGUUCGAAAAAUGCCUGCGUGAGGUUGAAGUGGGCAUGUAUCAGCUUACCAAAAUUGUACAUGGCUGUAAUGGUAUAUUAGCUAAUGGUGGAGAGCGAGAUACUACAUAUUUUCACCGUACCCUUGUAAUAACUAUGCAUCUUGUGUGUUUGCUUACUAAAUUAGGACCUGGUUUAACUCCUCUUCAGCGAUAUGCCAUGAGAAAAGCAGUGUAUCAGUUAAUUCGUCUGGAUCCACGAGGGUCAGGAGGAGUAACUCCAUUACAUUUGGCUUGCUCAAAGGACUCUUCAGCAACAGUUGGAAGGUUUCCAAUUUGUACCUUUCCAAGUUUGGAGGUUGUUGCUCUGUUAUUGGAGGUUGGGGCAGAUCCUUGUGCCACAGACCAGCAGGGCAACACUCCACUUCAUACACUAGCUAGCAACAAACAAUGUAGACGAGAACUUUUAAUUGAUCUUCUUGCCGCUGGUGCCCAUCUUGAUACUCUUAAUACUUCUGGGCAGAGCUUUGCUUCCUUACGUCUCUCUCGUGGGCAGCGACUUCACCAACUAAUUAAUCCCUUACACCAUACCUCUUUACAGUGCCUGGCUGCUGCCACUCUCCGUAGACAUGGCCUUCCAUACAGCACGAUCUUACAUCCUCGCCUUUCACAGUUUGUAGAUCAUCACUGAUCCUGCCUGUAAAUAGCUCGGCGAGAUAUCCCAAUCCUUGUAUAUAAAUUUAGGAAUUAAGCAUGUGUACAUAUAUACAUAAUUAUCUUUACAUUUGAGUAAAGGCAUAUGUAGCCAUAAUUGAUUGGGUGAUGUAUGACAUCAUCUCAAAGUGGCAUUAUAUUGUAAGCAGCCUAGCAUUAUGCUGAUCACUGGUGUCUGGCUAACAAUUUCUUGCAGGUUUUCAGUUUCCCUAGAUGCCUCUGUACUCGGUAAUGUAUUUUAUUUUAAUCUUCAAAAACGUAAUGUUUAGUCAAACUUAGUAUAAAAAUUUCAAUUUAUAAAUAUUUUAACUUUAAAGCAUUUUAUUAAAAAUGCAAGAUUCAAAAUAAUUACUUAGUUUGUAAUACCAAACUAGUAUUGCUACUAGUAUUGUACUAGUGUGAUUGGGAAUAGUAGUUUGUGCGUACAGUAUUUUCAAGCAAAAAUUCAGUGUUCGUUAAAUUGUUGUUUUGUCAAAUUUUAUUGUGAAUAUUUACGUGUCGAUGGCUGAGGUUUGAGGCAGAGUGAUAACUUUGGGGAAAUGUCAGUUCUACUUUCCAUGGCAGUGAUAAAACAACAUAAAAACAAACAAACAAACGUGACCUAACAUAAGCUUACCCUUCCAUUUAUCUUUCUUUUUCUUUCCCUUGUUUUCUCUUACGAUCGCUUUCUUAUUACUUUUAUUACCCCCUUUAUUACACCUU